CAAUUGAUUCUCGGAGUGACUGCUGUCACACACGGCCAUCCCUGUGCACUCUACGGGGCCCUCCUGCAGGCCCAUGCCAUUCGCCGCGUUUUUGAAAUUGCCAUGACCGCAGGCACACCCCAGAUAGAUGCUUCUUGUUUAAUCGAUCACCUUCAGACCGUCCUGGAGACUGCAGACAUUGUGGAGUACAGUGCUGGGAAGGCCAAUGCUGCCACACGCAUAGCUGAGGCCCUACAACUGGUCCUUUCUAAAUUGAACACAAUUCGAGGCUUCCUCGAUCAGCAGAAUCCGCCGUCUGUCGAAGAGGUUGUCCAACAACUUGGUGCGUUCUGCUCGACGACAACUUUUUAG